AUGUCAGGAGGUCCAGUUCCAGUUUGGAAGAAAUAUACAACCCAAUCUCGUGGUAUUUGGGAAAAAAUAAGACAAUUACUCGUCUUAGUCCCCAAUAGAUCCUCUGGUAAUCCUGUCGUUCAUUUAUUCAGAGCCACACCACCAGGAGCCAGAAUUGAUCAAGCUAAUACCUAUCAAGACCCCGUCACUAUCCCCGCUGGUGACAUUAAGGGAAAUCAAUAUUACAAGAGAGAUCAUAGAAGAAAUUAUCCCCAAGUUGUUGGAUUUAAUCAGACUAAAGUUUCCGGAUUGUUGAAAUUGGGUUCAUCUGCCCAACCAAGGAUUUCGAUUGGUGAUAAAGGAACUCAAGAAUUAUCGGCAUUUGUUGAUCCAGCUAAAGAAGUUAGUUUGACAAGUACAUUAACCAAUAUUCCAACUAGUGUGGUUAAGGGUCAAAUAUUGGGUAAAAAAGGUGAACCUAUUGUUGCACCUUCUUUGAAUAAAUUUAAAUGGGUGGUUUUGGAUGAGCCUGUUCAUGGGAUGUAUAAUGAUAAUUAUCCAUGUCGUAUUUUCACCGAUAAGAAAGUUGAACCUGCUGCUUCUGCUAAUUAA